GAAUGCUUUGUGUUUAUGUUGUUAUUUACAAAUUAGACGAAUGGGCACGGCCUAGAGGACAACAUUCCGGGCCACAGUCGUCGACGAUGUCUAAAGAUGCACUUUUAGCCGUCCCAAAUGUGUGGAAGCCCGAGCUGUAUAAAAUACAGCUUGACGCACCCACCCCAAAACCAGUGCUAUGCGAGCGGGACGACAUCAUGGGACCCACCCGGUACGGCAAAGAGUAUCACGGGACAAUGGACUACAAGGAGUGUGAGCAGAUGCUGAAGGACAAGCCGGACGGUAGCUACCUGGUGCGACGCAGCCCCGGUGCCGACAACUACUACACACUCAGUUUGCGCUUUGGCCAGGCGACCAAGCAUUUUAAGAUAUUUUAUUGCCCGGAAAAGGGCCACUAUCUGCGGGAGAACUUUAAAAAGUUCGAAACCGUCGAAGAGAUGGUUGCCGACGGAUUGGUGGACUUUUACAUGCGCCUGCAUGCUGCCCCGAUCCUGAAGGAAAUGAUGAGUCAGACCAAGAAAUGCUACGAACAGAGCCCGUACAUGACGCUGCAUCGACGCAAGCUGCGCUCGCUGUGCAAACCGUCCAAACUGCCGAUGGUGCAGGACAGUCUAGAGUCGGCCGACACGGAAAUAGCGGACGAUCGGGAUGGUGGUGCGAAGGGCGCAGACCAGGAGCAGUUUGAAAAGUCGGACACACACGACAACGCCUAUCCGGAGUACGAAAAACAGCAUGCGUUUAAAACUCACACAUUCAAGGGCUUAAAUUGGUGCGAGUUUUGCGCUAACUUUUUGUGGGGCUUCACCUCACAGGGUGUGAAAUGUGAUGACUGCGGUUUUAUGGCGCACUUCAAAUGCUCGGAACUGGUACCGGCCAAAUGCGUACCGGAUCUGAAACGUUUGCGGGGAAUAUUUGGGGUCGAUUUGACCACGCUAGUGACGGCACACAAGUGUCGCAUUCCAUUCAUUGUGAAGAAGUGCGUGGAGGAGGUGGAAAACCACGGCAUGUUGCAGGAGGGUAUCUACCGGAUAUCGGGAUUUGCGGACGAAAUCGAAGCGCUCAAGAUGGCACUGGAUAAGGAUGGCGAGAAGGCGGACGUAUCCGCCCAGAUGUACAGCAACAUCAAUGUGAUUGCCGGCGUACUGAAGCUGUACUUACGGCUGCUUCCCGUUCCUUUGAUAACGUUUCAAUCAUUCCCCUUGUUUAUGGAAUCGAUGCGAGAGAAAUCAAUCGGCGAACAAGUGAUAGCGUUGCGGAACGCUGUGAAAGCCUUGCCACCCGCCCACCUGCACUGUUUGAAGUACAUUCUCGAGCACCUUAAUCGCAUUGCUUCGCAUCACACGAUCAACAAGAUGAACGAACACAACCUUGCCACCGUGUUUGCCCCGACGCUCAUUGCCACGCCCCAGCAUAUGACCGACCUGUCGCAGGAGAUCAGCAUGCUGGCAGCUCUAAUCAGCCACUGUCAUGCAAUCUUUUUGUAAUGUAAAGUUGAAUCAGGUGCGCGAGAGUCAAAAAAAUCUGUUUAAAGUAAUAACCGCAGCAGCAUCUUAGGGUAUAAAGAUACGCCGAAAUUGUACGUUUUUUCGGUAUUCUUCGGCAUCCUAAAGAUGACUGAACAGCAUUAGAUUCCUUAAUAUUCUGCUGUUUUCAAACUUUGGUCAUCCGCAUCAAAAGCUAGCUACCACCAGUAAGGCUCGGUUUAUGUUGUAUGAAAUUGUGUUUCCUUACGUAGGUUUACUAUCAUUGCAAGAACAAAAACGAACAAUCACGUGUGUAAUCAUGCUUCUACUGCCCUGACUCUAUGCUAAUAUGCCUUUUUAUAAUCUUGUUUUCUGUUCAACAGACAAAUAAUUAUCGUACGGUAUUAACAGUUUCAUUUUACUGGAUGUAAUAAACAAUAUUUAUGUCAUUAAAAA